AACACUGAGAGAAAUGUCAAACUUUGUCAACCCAAGCCCAAGCUGCGUUUGUUUCAAUAAAGAAUAAAACUACUUUUAUAAAUAAAAGUUUUAAAACACAACGAAAAAUGGCUGAUAAGCCGCCAGAAGAAGGGUACAUAUCAGUAGUUGAUGAUGAACCGGAAAUAUUUGAGCUGCUAAAGUGGGAUACAUCGCAAACACACAAACAACAUGAGACAAACACUUUGGAAAAAGCAAAAACUCCGGAGAAAAAACUUCCCAAGGCGAAAGAGGAUGUCGAUCCGUUUGAUUUGACUGAUCCCGCGUUUAUUGAAACUUAUCGUCUCUCUAAAGAUUUAGCGCGCGGACUCUGCGAGGAGCUAAAACCCGUUAUGCCGGAUUCUACCAAGUCUAUAGAGUUUUCUGUAGAAUGCAAAGUUAUGGCAGCUCUUACAUUCUAUGCAUCAGGAAAAUAUCAAAAGUCAGUGGCUGGGAAGACAGACCCGAGUAUUACUCAGUACUUUGUAUCCACAGCUGUGAUGCAAGUCACAGAGGCUAUGAACCAUCCGUCCAUUGUGAAGAAAUACAUCCACUUUCCGCAUCUCAGAAAUGAGAGAGAUAUUAUUAAGACCAAUUUCUACAUAAAGUAUGGAAUGCCAAAUGUAGUUGGCUGUGUAGACUGCACUCAUGUUCCAAUCUCCCGACCCGAGGAUGACCACAAGAAGCACUUUAAUAAGUCUUUCCACUCUAAGAAGGUGCAGAUUAUCUGUGAUAGUAAUUUAAACAUAAUAAGCGUUGAAGGUAAACUUGGAGGGUCAUACUCACACGACGCCAUUUUAAACCAGCAUGCAGUCAGAAUAGACUUGGAGAGUUUGAAUAAUUCCGGAGAACAGUGCUGGCUUGUUGGUAGUCCUCAUUAUUCUCAAAAGCCAUACCUCAUGACGCCUAUUCCUAAAAUCACAAAAAAAUCCCCCGUGUCUCCGGAGAAGUAUUACACAAAUGUCCACAGUCAGACACACCAAGUUGUGACAGAUACCAUCAAACAUUUAAAAUCAAGAUGGAAAUGUCUUCAAGCAACAUGCAAUAAACAAUUUGACCCACAAACUGUUACUAAAUUGAUCGUCGCUUGCAGUAUAUUACAUAAUAUAGCAAAUAAAAGAGGAUUACCAGUUGUCCCGAUGACUCAAGCUGAAGAAAGACUGGAAGCUAUGAAACAGAAGGUUGCAAACACACCGAUAUCAAGGAAACGUGUGGAAGAUCCAAUCGGAGUGCAAGCUAGAGCUAUGUUAGUCGAUAGAUUGUGGAAUGAAAGAAGGAUAGCUCCGGAAACUUGUACAAAUGGACCGAAGAAACGACAGAAGAAGGAUAAAGUGGAACAGAUGCCGGUGAUGGCACAUCCACAAAUGAUGCAGAUGCAUGAAGAUCCGAGCAAACGACCGAGGAUUGUGAUGAAUAAUCCAAGUUAUGGCUUUGGAAUGGCUUCCGGAUGGGGACACUACCCUCAACAUUAGUAGUGACCAAUAAGGGUCUGUUUACACUGGGGUAAGAAAGCAGAAUUUAAUUGCAAAUAAAUUUACAAUAUUUAUAAUGGUUUAAUUUUAAAUUUAAGUAUAAAUUUCAAUAUUGUUUGUAAUAAAUAUGCUCUGGUCUAACCUCCAGUGUGAAUGGAUCCUUACAGGGUAGACAGAAUUAGAAAUUCAUACACUGAUGUAUUUUAAUCAAGUUGAUUUAGUAAUCUUACUAAUAAUAUAAAUGCGAAAGUUUAGAUGGAUGGAUGGAUGUUAGAGUUUGUAGCAUAAACGGCUGA